AUGAAAUUUAUAAAAUAUUUAUUAAUUUUAUUUUUAAUAUUAAAAAUUAAUUAUUUUGUAGAAUCAGGAGUAGAUUGUCAAAAAAAUACAGAGUAUUUCGUUGAAAAUUCAUGUGGCAAAAAUCCAUCAAAAUUAAACAUCAACACUGAUAUUUACUAUUUUGAAAGUAUUGGAAUAACACCAUAUUCCCCACCUGUUUAUAAUGAAUCUACAACUAAUUACUUUUGGUAUUUGAAGGAUGGUAUUGAAUAUACAUUUAGUUAUAGAUACAAAGGUUGUCAAAAUAUUAAAUCACAUUCAAUUGUUUCACAAGGAAUGUAUUACCAACUUUUAUCACAACCAUUGUGUCCAAAUACCUAUUUCAAUUAUACAAUUUAUAAUUCAGGAGAGUUUGGUGGAAAUACAAAUUAUUACUCUACCCCACAAAAUAUUAUAAGUUCAAAUUAUAAUGGUAGUUGUACUAUUAAUAUUUUAAUUACACCACUUAGUAAUUCCAAAGGUGCAUUCCAAAGCAGUGCUGCUAAAUACACCUAUCCAACUUGUGGUUUUAAUAAUGGUACGAUUUCAGUUGAUUUAACAAAAGGUUAUUCAAAUUGUCACUUAUUCAGCCAAUUUGACACGAGUUUUCUAUAUGAAAUUGAACCAUCAUCGCCAUGUUUUUACAGUGGGUUGGAGUCAAAUUAUUAUUACCUUUUCGUUGAUUCUAAAGAAUGUGCUACUGAAAGAUUAUCAAUUCAAUUAUUCAAUGUUUUCACUCCAUUGGAAAUUACUUUUGAAAAUGUUCCAGAUUAUAAUCAAAAUUCAAUAGUAUCAUUAUCAUUAUCAAGUGGUGACAAUGGAAUUUUAAAUAAAACUAAUUCAUUUGCAACUGUGGGUGGCACUGGACCUGAUCCAUUAAGUACUUGGAGCCAUAAAGAAACUAAAAUUACUUCAACCACACAAUUUGGUUACUUUUAUAAUAAAGACUUUUCAACAGAUCCAUUAAAAGUUAUAUGUUCUUUUAAUGAUGGUUUUGAACCGCAAAAAUUUAAUCCAAAUUUUAAUUUCACAGUUACAAAAAGUGAUACUUGUUUAGAAAAUGUAACUAUUACAUUUUAUCCAUUACCAAGUCAAACAUUUGUUGUUCAUGAUUAUAUUUUAGGAAAUAUAUUACCAUUGACAAAUAAUGUUCUAUCGGUUCAAUAUAAUAAAUUUUUACAUAUUUCAGAGAUUUCAAGUAAUUCAGAAAGAUAUUAUUCAACAGCUUUUUAUGCUCCUAUUUAUAGAGUUGUUGAAACUUCAAAUGGAAUUGGUUGUUGGAAAACCUAUAAUAUUACAAUUGGUGAAUAUCAAAUUUAUUCAAAUCUUACAAUGAAAGUAUAUGAUGGAGAUGAAUAUGAAUAUAUUUUUUAUCCAAUUGAAGGAGUUUUCGUUAAUGUACCUGCAAAUUAUUUUUAUAUCCAUUAUAAAGUUAAAGAUUGUGAAGUUGAAUCAAUAAUUAUGAUUGAUAAAUAUGAAGAAAUUACUCCAAUGGAUGAUGUAAAAAUGGAUAUCAGUAUAUAUGAACUUGGUAAUUGUACACAUGAAACUUCAAUUUUAGUAAAUAUCGAUACAGUUUUUGGUAACUUUUCUAAAGUUUAUUCAUCAUUUUCAAAUGGUUAUUUCUCUUUUUACCUUCCAAAUUGUUCCUGUAAUAUUGGUUUCUACUAUUCUAUUCCACCAUUAAUCGAUAGUGAAACAUUUUCUUAUGGUUUUAUCAGUGAUCUAGAUUGUAAUUCCACUGGUACUGUUAUUCAAUUAUUAGGUUCAAAUGGUAAUACUAUUCAAGAAGUUUAUUCAAAUGGUAUUAAAUUAAUAGUAAAUAAUGACGUUGAUACUGAUUUUGCAUAUAAUAUUGGGCCUGGUGAAAAUAAUGUUACAAUUAAAUAUUCAAAUACAAAAGGAACUUGUUACAAAUCUCAAAUGAUUAACAUACAAUCACCUUAUGAAGUACCAUUAGUUGAAGUCACACCAGUUAUAGAUUGUGAUAGUUCUGAUGGUAAAAUUUCAAUUUCAAAUUAUAUGAACUUCUAUUCAUUGGAUAUUAUUAUUGAUUCAUCCACUAUACCAAUUAAUUCAGGUUUAGUUAGUAAUCUUCCAACUGGUACUUACACAAUUGUUUAUGGAAACAGUGGAUCUUGUGCAAAUUCUAUCGAUGUUUAUGUACCAUCUUCAGAACAGUAUGUAGAAAUUACAACAUCUGUAAUUUCCCAUCCAACUUGUGGUGAACAAUCAUUGAAUGGUGAUGGUAAAGUCAAUGUAACUUUAAAGGUUUUAGGAAUUAAAAAAAAUACAUUCUAUAUUCAAAAUCAAAAUCAAAUAUCAUCUCUAACAUUCUCAGAUGGUGGUGUUUAUAUUGCUGCUGCUCCAGGUUUAAAUACUUUAUCAAUAUCCUAUGGUGGUUGUAUUUGGAAUAGAGAUGUUAAUACAACAAUUUCCAAACCAACAUUCUCAUUUGAAAAGAUUUACAAUGACACUUGUUUAUCAUCAGUAUAUUAUAAAUUAAUAAAUAAUAAUACAAAUAUAGCAAUUAAUUCCAUCACUUCACCUUAUACCUUAUAUAGUUACCAAAAUGAAUACUACACUCAAAUGGCCACAAAUUUAAUCUAUCCAUACACUGUCACAUGGAAUACCUAUUGCACAGAAACAUUUUACCAAGAAUUUACUUUUGACACUCCUUUUAAUUAUUAUUCAAAUUAUAUCCAAUAUGAAAUUGUAAAAGCUGAUAAUUGUAAUUCAUUCAAAAUUGAUAUCAUCAUUAAAAAUAUGAAUACUUUUCAAAAGGUAACCCUUUCAAGUAAAUAUCCAACACCAAUUAAUUCGACUCAUGCAAUUUUUAAAAAUUUACCACCAUCUAUUUCUUAUGAUAUUUCAUUCACAUUAUUUGAUGGUUGCUCUGGUACUGAAAUGGUUGGUUAUCAACAACUUUCAAAUGGUAAUACUAAAGAGACAAUCGAUAUCAUCAAGGUGAACGACAUUUGUAACUCUGGUAAAGGUUCUAUCCAAUUAUCAAAUAUGGAUACCUCCAAUCAUUAUUACUAUGUUAAAACAUUUUCAGAUUAUUACGUUUACACAAGUUACCCAAUUCAACCAACUACUAAUGAUAAUGGUACAAUUAUUAGUCUACUUUCAAAUUUACCAGUUGGUAGUUACAAUAUAACUAGAAAUUGUAAAUCAAUAACAAACUGUUAUAUAGAAACAAAGGUUGUUAUUGAAAAUAAAGACCCAAUAAUUGAAUCAAUUUCAGUUACUGAUUCAUAUGAUAAAUUAAAUAAUGGUACUGCUGAAAUUAAAUUAAACUAUAACUCAACAUAUCCAAUUAAUUUCAAAAUUAUUGGUACUCAAUUAUCCAAUCAAAAUGGUAUAUUUUCAAAUUUACCACCAAAAACAUAUGAAGUUCAAGUUACAUUAACUGAUAGAAUGUGUCCAAUCACAAUUUCACAAUCAUUUACAAUCAAUUUUAAAACAUCACCAACACCACCACCACUACCACAAGAUCCAUCUGAUGAACUUUCAACAUCUUCAUUUAUUCAAUUAAAUAUUUUAUCAUUAUUAUUAAUUUCAAUUUUCACUAUUUUUAUUUUAUAG